GAGCGGUGGGUGGUCGCGAGCGGGCGGACGCGUCCGCCGAGCCGGCUGUGGGCUCCGCUGCGGUGGCGUCGCCGAGCGUGGCGACUUCUCUCCUUCCGCGCCGGCAGAGUGGUUAAAGUGAACAGACAAUGGCCAGUAAUCACAAACCUCCAGCAGCUCGCCCUGCUUCACGAGGUGGAAUUGGGUUGACAGGAAGGCCUCCUUCUGGAAUACGACCUCCAUCAGGAAGUAUUCGAGUGGCAACUGGAAUGCCACCUGGAACAGCAAGACCAGGCUCUCGUGGUGGUCUCAUAGGGACAGGAGGAGUUCUAUCUUCUCAAAUUAAAGUUGCCGAUCGUCCUGUAACACAACAAGGUUUGAGUGGAAUGAAAACAGGGAUUAAAGGUCCCCAGAGGCAAAUUUUAGACAAAUCUUAUUAUCUUGGGCUUCUUCGAAGUAAAAUAAAUGAACUUACAACAGAAAUUAAUAAACUUCAAAAAGAAAUAGAAAUGUACAAUCAAGAGAAUUCAGUUUAUUUGUCAUAUGAAAAGAGAGCUGAGAAUUUAGCUGUUGAAAUUAAAGACUUUCAAGGACAACUAGCAGACUACAACAUGUUGGUAGAUAAACUUAAUACCAAUACUGAAAUGGAAGAAGUAAUGAAUGAUUACAACAUGCUUAAAGCUCAAAAUGAUCGAGAAACACAAAGUAUGGAUAUCAUAUUUACAGAAAGACAAGCGAAGGAGAAACAAAUUAGAAGUGUAGAAGAAGAAAUUGAACAGGAAAAACAAGCAGCAGAUGACAUUAUAAAAAAUAUGUCUCCUGAAAAACAAGUCAAGUACAUAGAAAUGAAAACCACAAAUGAGAAAUUAUUACAGGAAUUAGAUACACUUCAGCAGCAAUUAGAUUCACUGAACAUGAAAAAAGAGAAUCUGGAAGCUGAAAUAGCACACUUCCAGGUAAAACAGGAGGCUGUAUUGCUGCAUGAAAAACUUUAUGAGUUAGAGUCCCAUCGAGAUCAAAUGGUUGCUGAAGACAAAAGCUUGGGAUCCCCAAUGGAAGAGAGAGAGAGAUUACUUAAGCAGGUUAAAGAAGAUAAUCAGGAAAUAGCCAGUAUGGAGCGACAGUUAACAGAUAUAAAAGAAAAAAUAAAUCACUUUCAUGAGGAAAUUAGACAACUUGACAUGGAUUUAGAAGAACACCAAGGUGAAAUGAACCAGAAGUACAAAGAGCUAAAAAAAAGGGAGGAAAAUAUGGACACUUUUAUUGAGACUUUUGAGGAAACUAAAACUCAGGAACUGGAACGGAAGGCACAGAUAGAAGCCAACAUUGUUGCACUUUUGGAGCACAGUAGUCGGAAUAUAAAUCGUAUGAAACAGAUAUCCUCUAUCACCAAUCAAGAGCUGAAGAUAAUGCAGGAUGAUCUCAAUUUUAAAUCUACUGAAAUGCAGAAAUCACAAAGUACAGCUAGGAAUUUGACUUCAGACAGUCAACGUCUACAGUUGGAUCUACAGAAAAUGGAGCUUCUGGAAAGUAAGAUGACUGAGGAACAGCAUUCUCUAAAAAGCAAAAUUAAGCAAAUGAUGAUUGAUCUGGAGACAUUUAAUGAUUUGCCAGCUUUAAAAUCAUCAGGUGAAGAAAAGAAAAAGAAAUUACAUCAGGAGAGAACAGUAUUAUCAACCCGCAGAAAUACCUUUAAGAAAAUAACGGAGAAGCUAAACACAGAAUAUGAGACACUAAAAACACAAUUGCAAGAAAAUGAGACACAUUCUCAGCUUACAAAUUUGGAGAGGAAGUGGCAACACCAUGAACAAAAUAAUUUUGUGAUGAAAGAAUUCAUAGCAACCAAGAGUCAAGAGAGUGAUUACCAGUCAGUUAUGAAGAAUGUCAACAAGCAGAUUGCAGAGUACAAUAAAACCAUCAUGGAUGCUCUACGUAGCAUGAACAGAAACUGAGUCUGAACCAACUGCAAGUCUCUACAGAAGUAUCCUGUUGCUGUUAAACUUUAUACAAGCUGACUGAAAAAUAAAAAAAUCUUACCCUUGAGUUUUACCUAAGAUGUUUGAAUGCUGUAAUUUUUGUGGCCUCUUUGAAGAGUGAUGUUUUAAAUAGUGUAUAGUUCAGUAAAUAAUUUUCAUUUUAAAA